AUGGAUGACAUCAACGUCGGAAGAGGCAACCGCACGUCUCUGCAUCAGCAGCUUGCCUUCUUGGCAUUGACCAAUGCAAUCGAUAACUGGAACUCUCAGUGUCCCCAGCUCGCUACUCAACUGCUGAACGACAACGAUCAACGCCUCAUAUCCGAAUGCUACACGGCUCACUUGAUGCCGACGGCGCGUUCCUUUUGGUGGAGUGGAGAAAACGCCAAUAUAGCCACUUCUAUACUUCUUCCUCAGAUGUAUCCUUUGCUUGAGAGCAAUUAUUGGAAGCAUAACAGAUUCAAGGCUAGCGACAUCCUCAGAACCUGGCGCAAAGAUGCUGCCCGACUCUUACCAUUUGACGAUAUCGACGACGAAGAGUGUGGGAACACAUUCGUUCAAGUGAGAGAGGAGGAGACAGAGGAAGACUCUGUCGAAGAGAACAGCGAUGUUCGAAGUCUUUCCCGCUCCUUACAGCAGUGCGGAAUGAACGACCAGCACGGUAUGGAAGAGGACACUGAAGACGUCAUUUUCGUUGCAGAACGACCCGCUCUAGGCAAGAAGAGAAAGGCGGCCAGUCCGUUGAGCCCAGUCAGCACACCGAAAAGAGCGAAGACCCAUCAGUGCGUCGACAAGUUCGUCUAUGACUUCGAGAGCUCCGACGACGAUAUCGUUGUGCGACGCCGACGACCCCUGGCGAAAACUGUAGGUCUUGCUAGAGUAUGGCCCGCUGAUGCCCUCAUCACACCUCCUCAAAGCGACGGAUCUUCACCCACGAUCCUGAUUGACUCCGACAGCGACAUGGACGAUCAGAAACCCCUUUCCAUGGAAAGACGUCGAGGGCGUCGUAUCUUUAAACGCAAGGAAUCACCCAAGCCUUCGAUGGAGCGUCCGUCGCCACUCGGUCUCUCGCCGAUUCGGACGGUUGCGACUACCGAGCCAGUCGAAGUGCCCAAGGAGCAACACAACUGUGUUGCCGCCCUCGAGGACCUUUUUGAGUCCGUCGAUAGAUCCCGUGAUCAGUUUACUGGCGAGGAGCGGGAGCUAGCGGAUCGCCAACUGAGACAGAUGGGGAAGCGGAUGAAGAGAAUGAGCAAGAUGGCCAAGACGAAGAGAAUGGAUAGAAGUCCCUAA